AUGCUUGUUGAGCUGCCUCGCCUCCGUCGUUGUCCCUCCGUGCUCCUCAAUCUGCAGGUGUUCCAUCUCGUCCUCCUAGGUGGACGCCUUCUCUCUGCUCAGGUGAAUCGAUUGGUGUCAAACAGCAGACUGGACGGCAUCACGAAUAGAUUUGCAACACGUUUCGGUAUCACCAUGCGCAAGUUCCUGCUGAACUGGGCAAGUAAGAUGGGCUCUUCCAGUAUCGAGAGUGUCGCCGAUGGCGGGCAACGCAUUGACAUCACUGCUGAAAGCCAACAUGACUGUGGCAAAUGCAAAGAUAGAGUAGUUCGCACCAUUUUACUGAUAUCAUCAUACAUAGUCAUGGGCAAUCUUUUAAAAACAUCAGACGCCGACGAUGAGGACGCCAAAGUGGCACAUCUGCGUACUUGGAUAAUGCGGCAGGCAGGACCACCAAAUUUUUGCUUGAGUGUAUCGAAAGCAUAUACUGUCACAUAG